AGGUGAAUACAGAUUACUGUACAUAACUCCUGAAUUUGCAGUAGCAGCUAUAAAUAUACUUAAUGAGAUACAUAGUAAAGUAGGGAUAGUGUUGCUUGCAAUUGAUGAGGCUCACUGCGUGUCUCAGUGGGGACAUAACUUUCGUCCACAGUACAGGAAAUUGGGCUGUCUCAGGGAUUGUUUUCCAACUAUUCCGUUCAUGGCUUUAACCGCCACGGCGACGCCACUGGUGCAGAAAGACAUCGUCGAUUCACUUCAUUUGAAGGACUGUCGUUUGUUUGUUUCGUCGUUUGACAGAAAGAAUUUGUACUUUGAAGUUUUUCAAAAGAGUCAUUCGAUUCGAGAUGAUCUACUUUCCGUGAUGCAGGUGAAAGAUGGUCGAUUGACGUUUGAAGGUCCGACAAUUAUAUAUUGUCCGACAAGAGAUAAAACAGAAAGCAUCACUAAAGUUUUAACUGGUUAGUGUGAUUUGAUAACACACAAAUUUAUUUUACUACGUGUAACUAACUCUUUGCAAUCUUGGUAAAACUUGUACAUUCAGAAUUUUUUAUUAAAUAAAUUAAUAAAGACAAAGAUAAAAGUAGCUUGGCAUCACAGAAUACAGUUAAAUACAAACAGAGUUAACUUCAUACGUUCUUCCUUAUCUAAAACUAUACAAGUUUUUUCGGAUUCUAAUGUCAGAGAAAUUGAAUUUUGUGUAGAUUUAAGUAAGAAAGAUGCUUUCGACUCUAUUGCAAUUUUGUUCCCAUAGCACAAGAAAGAAG